AUGUGUGUACUACCUAUGAUGUGUAUACAUUCUAACAUCGAGUAAAAUAAUAUCACCGAGAACACGGACAUUAUCAAUGGUGGGGAAAAAGCCGGCAAGUUGCAAUGCAAAAUAACAUUAUCCUUUCACCAGCGCAGUCGGGCUAUCCGCGGACCGAUUCGUGAUUAAUGUUUAUUCGUUCUGUGUUAACACGUUCGACUUCAUUCAAUCGACGCACGUCGAACCCGUCACACUGCAGUCCGUCGUCGCCGGUCACAAAAGCCGAAAUCAAAAAAAAAUUCUAAUAUUCGAAAAUACACAUUACCCGCAUCCAAUCUGGGUACCUCGAUAUCGAAAAAACAUCAGCCGUCGCCAAUUACAGGACAAAUAAUGGCUGCUUCGUUCGACCGACUGGGACAGUUCCCGCAAGGAUCACCUGUGCCGGUAUCGCCGGGUUUGGUCAGCGGACUCGAUCACCUGAAAGACGGACGAUUGAACAAGGGUCUGGCCUUCACCAUCGAAGAGAGACAGGCGCUCGGUAUCCACGGUCUGUUGCCGCCGGUCGUGAAGUCGCAGGACGAGCAGGUGAAACAAGCACUGGAGAACAUCAACCGGUAUUCGGACGACCUGAACAAAUACAUUUACCUGAUGGCUUUACAAGAAAGGAACGAAAAGCUCUUCUACAGGAUAAUGGCCGAUAACGUGGAAGCGUUCAUGCCGCUAGUGUACACGCCAACCGUGGGGCAGGCCUGUCAAAAGUACGGUCUAAUCUUCCAGAAGCCCAGAGGUCUGUUCAUAUCAAUACACGACGCCGGGCACGUUUACGACGUACUCAAAAACUGGCCCGAACAAGAUGUCAGAGCCAUCGUGGUCACCGAUGGUGAACGUAUCUUGGGUCUUGGCGAUCUUGGAGUGUACGGCAUGGGCAUCCCGGUGGGCAAACUCGCCCUGUACACAGCGUUGGCCGGCAUCAAGCCGCACCAGUGCUUGCCGGUCACCCUGGACUGCGGGACAAACACCCAAAGUCUGUUGGACGAUCCCCACUACUUGGGCAGCCGGCAGAAACGUGUCACCGGACAAAAAUACGAUGACUUUGUCGAGGAGUUCAUGCAAGCUGCUGUUAAGCGAUAUGGGCAAAAUUGUCUGAUUCAAUUUGAAGACUUUGCAAACGCAAACGCUUUCCGUUUCCUGGACAAAUACCGCAACAGCUACUGUACGUUCAACGAUGACAUCCAAGGAACAGCUUCAGUUGCAUUAGCCGGUCUGUUUGCAUCACUGCGGAUUACCAAAACCAGGUUGUCCGACAAUGUAAUCUUAUUCCAAGGAGCUGGAGAGGCGGCCCUAGGAAUUGCUGAGCUGUGUGUAAUGGGAAUGCGUAAGGAAGGUACAACGUUGGAAGAAGCCCGCUCUAAAAUUUGGCUUUUCGACUCCAAAGGUCUAGUUGUCAAGGACAGACCGGAGGGCGGAGUUACCGGUCAUAAGGUCGAAUAUGCCAAAAGCGUGGCACCUCUUAAAGUUCUUUCUGAAGUCAUCAAAAAAGUAAAACCAACAGUGCUUAUUGGAGCCGCGGCCAUUGGAGGUGUUUUCACAAAAGAAAUCAUCGAAGAAAUCGCAUCAUACAACGCUCAUCCGGUUAUCUUCGCUCUGAGCAAUCCAACCAGUAAAGCUGAAUGCACUGCUGAACAAGCAUAUACGUAUUCUGAUGGUAAAGCCGUAUUUGCCAGCGGCUCACCAUUUAAUCCGGUAACAUACAAAUCCAAAACAUACUACCCGGGACAAGGUAACAACUCUUAUAUAUUCCCGGGAGUUGCGUUGGGCGUUAUCUGUGCGGGGGUCAAAACAAUUUCUGAAGAAGUUUUCAUCAUUGCUGCUCAAACACUUGCCGCCCUUGUUACCGAAGAAGACUUGGACAACGGCAGUUUAUAUCCACCACUACAAUCCAUACAACAGUGUUCGCUGAAAAUCGCAGUCAAAGUAAUGGAAUAUGCCUAUGAAACUGGUGUGGCUAGUUCUUUCCCAGAACCUCAAGAUAAAAUUGAAUUUAUCAAGGCACAGCUGUACGACUACGGCUAUAGCUCGUCGUUGCCGCCCCUGUACUCUUUCCCGUCUCAUUUGUGAUGAUCACUAGGAUUUUUUUUUGUAUAAUAAUAAUUUUUUGUUUAUUAUACACUUAACUGAGGAGAUAACCAGAUUGACAGCUGGCAUUAGCUUACGGCAUCGCUGUCAACAUUAUUUGAUCCACAUUCAAUACACUUUUUACUCUGUUAUUUUACUGUACUAUCUUUUAGUUAUACAUAAUAUUGUUUUACUUACUUUUUGUGGGGGCAGGUAAUUUUUUUUUUUUUUUUUAAUGCAUUGAUACCAAUUUUAUUUUAUUGUUUAUAAAUGUGAUUAUUUUAUUGAAUGUUUGUUGAUGACAGUAUAGCAUAUAUUAGGUUCGUUUUU